AUGGGAGCCAUGGCUCACCCCUUACUCCUCUGCCUCCUGCUCGCUCAUCUGGGACUGGGAGCUGUUGGCGCCAGCCGCGACCCUCUGGGACGGCUGGAUUCCCCUCGAGAGAAGACCCUGAGGGGGAAACAGCACGCGCAGCAGCUGGCUCGAGCUUCUGCCUCGGACCCCUCGGCUCCCUGGAGCCGCUCCACCGACGGCACCAUCUUGGCGCAGAAACUCGCCGAGGAGGUGCCCCUGGACGUGGCCUCUUACCUCUACACCGGGGACUCCCACCAGCUGAAGCGAGCCAACUGCUCCGGCCGCUACGAGUUGGCAGGCCUGCCGGGGAAGUCGCCAGCCCUAGCUAGUUCCCAUCCCUCCUUGCACGGGGCGCUGGACACGCUGACACACGCCACCAACUUCCUCAACAUGAUGCUGCAGAGCAAUAAGUCUCGGGAGCAGAACUUGCAGGAUGACCUGGAGUGGUACCAGGCGCUGGUACGGAGCCUCUUGGAGGGCGAGCCCAGCAUCUUUCGGGCGGCCAUCACCUUCACCACCGAGUCUCUGACCGCGCCGGCCCCGCAAGUCUUCCUCCAGGCCACUCGUGAAGAGAGUCGCAUCCUGCUCCAGGACCUGUCCUCUUCUGCACACCACCUGGCCAACGCCACUCUGGAAACCGAGUGGUUCCACGGCCUCCGGCGCAAGUGGAGGCCCCAUUUACACCGCCGCGGUUCCAAUCAGGGGCCCCGGGGCCUGGGCCAUAGCUGGCGGCGCAGGGACGGACUUGGCGGGGACAAGAGCCAUGUCAAGUGGUCUCCGCCUUAUCUGGAGUGCGAGAACGGGAGUUACAAGCCAGGAUGGCUGGUUACUCUUUCGGCUGCCUUCUAUGGGUUGCAGCCUAACCUGGUCCCAGAAUUCAGGGGUGUCAUGAAAGUUGAUAUAAAUCUUCAGAAAGUGGACAUUGACCAGUGUUCAAGUGAUGGCUGGUUUUCAGGAACUCACAAAUGCCACCUGAACAAUUCCGAGUGUAUGCCAAUUAAAGGCCUAGGAUUUGUACUUGGAGCCUAUCAGUGCAUUUGCAAAGCAGGAUUCUAUCAUCCUCGAGUCUUCUCAGUGAACAACUUUCAGAGAAGGGGUCCAGAUCAUCAUUUUUCAGGAAGUACAAAAGAUGUAUCAGAAGAAGCCCAUGUCUGCUUACCCUGCAGAGAGGGCUGCCCCUACUGUGCUGAUGACAGCCCAUGCUUUGUCCAGGAGGAUAAGUAUUUGAGACUUGCUAUCAUCUCCUUCCAAGCCCUGUGUAUGCUSCUUGACUUCAUCAGCAUGAUGGUGGUCUACCACUUUCGCAAAGCAAAGAGCAUCAGAGCAUCGGGCCUUAUCCUGUUGGAAACAAUCCUUUUUGGGUCUCUGCUUCUAUACUUUCCUGUUGUUAUUUUGUACUUUAAGCCAAGUACAUUUCGCUGUAUUCUUCUAAGAUGGGUCCGUCUUCUUGGUUUUGCCACUGUUUAUGGAACAGUCACUCUCAAGCUUCACAGGGUUUUGAAGGUGUUUCUUUCACGAACAGCACAACGAAUUCCAUACAUGACUGGUGGCCGGGUCAUGAAGAUGCUGGCAGUAAUACUCUUGGUAGUAUUCUGGUUUCUCAUUGGCUGGACUUCAUCAGUAUGCCAGAAUUUGGAGAGGCAGAUUUCACUUAUUGGCCAGGGGCAAACAUCUGAUCACCUCAUCUUCAAUAUGUGCCUCAUUGACCGCUGGGAUUACAUGACAGCAGUUGCUGAAUUUUUAUUCCUCUUGUGGGGUGUUUAUCUCUGCUAUGCAGUGCGGACAGUCCCAUCAGCAUUUCAUGAGCCACGCUAUAUGGCUGUUGCAGUUCACAAUGAGCUCAUUAUCUCUGCUAUAUUCCAUACAAUUAGAUUUGUUCUUGCCUCAAGACUUCAGUCUGAUUGGAUGUUGAUGCUAUAUUUUGCACAUACUCAUUUGACUGUGACAGUCACCAUCGGGUUGCUUUUGAUUCCAAAGUUUUCACUUUCAAGCAAUAAUCCACGUGACGAUAUUGCUACAGAAGCAUAUGAAGAUGAGCUAGACAUGGGCCGAUCUGGAUCCUACCUGAACAGCAGUAUCAAUUCAGCUUGGAGUGAGCACAGCUUGGAUCCAGAGGACAUUCGGGAUGAGCUAAAGAAACUGUAUGCCCAGUUAGAAAUAUAUAAAAGGAAGAAGAUGAUUACAAAUAAUCCCCACCUCCAGAAAAAGCGGUGCUCGAAGAAGGGCUUAGGCCGUUCUAUCAUGAGGCGCAUCACUGAGAUUCCAGAGACUGUCAGCAGACAGUGUUCCAAAGAGGACAAGGACAUGGCAGACCACAGCAUGGCCAAAAGUACAGCCCUCGUUAGGAAGAACCCACCAGAGCCUUCAGGUAAUACAGGGAGACCCAAGGAGGAGUCCCUGAAAAACAGAGUCUUCUCACUCAAGAAAUCCCACAGCACUUAUGACCAUGUCAGAGACCAACCAGAAGAGUCCAAUAGCCUACCAACAGAAAACCAAGAAGAGGAGGCUACAGAAAAUUCCACACUGGAAUCUCUUUCAAGUAAAAAGCUAACACAAAAACUGAAAGAAGACAGUGAGGCCGAGUCUACAGAAUCAGUGCCUUUGGUGUGUAAGUCAGCAAGUGCUCACAACCUCAGCUCAGAGAAGAAGCCUGGGCACCCACGAACAUCUAUGUUACAAAAGUCUCUUAGUGUCAUAGCAAGUGCCAAGGAGAAGACUCUUGGAUUAGCUGGGAAAACCCAAACAUCAGGUGUAGAAGAACGUGCUAAAUCUCAGAAACCUCUGCCAAAAGAUAAAGAGACAAACAGGAAGUGCUCAAAUUCAGAUAACACAGAGACUAAAGAUCCUGUCCCCCCAAACUCCAAUCAUUUGGAGGAACCAAGAAAGCCUCAGAAAUMUGGAAUUAUGAAACAACAAAGGGUUAAUCCCACUACUGCCAAUUCUGACCUGAGCCCAGGCACCACCCAGAUGAAGGGCAACUUUGACAUUGGGGAAGUGUGCCCAUGGGAGAUUUAUGACCUGACCUCUGGUCCUGUGCCUUCAGAAACAAAAGCUCAAAAACACGUGUCUAUCGCAGCUUCUGAAAUGGAAAAAAAUCCAACAUUUUCCUUGAAGGAGAAAGCCCACCACAGGCCUAAGGCAGCUGAAGGAUGUCAGCAGUCCAGUCAGAAGAGCAUAGAUAAGGCCGAGGUGUGCCCUUGGGAGAGCCAGGAUCAGUCUUUUUUUGAAGAUGAAAAACAUUUGAUUUCCAAGACUAUAGUUCUCCCAGGGAGAGCCAAAGAUGAGAAUGGAGGUCAGCACCAUGCAGCCACUGUGUGUGCUGGGCAAUACGAGGAACUGCCCCCCAAAGUCAUGGCAUCAAAAAUAGAGAAUGAAAAUCUCAACCAAAUGCGAGACCAGGAAAAGACAUCUUUCUCUGUGGAAAAUGCACCUGGUUCCUGUAACUCAAGUAAAAACUCCCAACAACCGUUAACAUCACGAGCUGAAGUGUGUCCUUGGGAGUUUGAGACCCCCGGUCAACUAAAUGCUGAAAGAAGUGUAAUUUUACCAGCCUCUUCUGCUUUGAGUGCAAAUAAGAUAGCAGGGCCUCGAAAAUAA